UAUGGAGCAAAAAUUGCAAUUAUUAAAUUCAAGCAUUCAAGUCGACCCCCAUAAUCCUCAGAUUCCUUAAACCUUAAGGCAUUUGAAAGUAUUCUAAUAUUGUCUAAACUGUAGCUUGAAAUUUUUAAUGAAUUAGCUGUAAAUAGAUUGGGAACAGAAAAAUUAGCGUGUAAACUAUUUUUAAUAUCAUUAGUACAUUUCUGUGAAUUGGAAGUCACCUAUUUAUUAAUUUCAAAACAAAUUGAAAAUUUUGAAUUAGCAAUAGAAAGAUUAAUGAAAUUUUAUAAUUAAGGUCUUGAAAGUAAGGAUAAAGCUCACUACACUGGUAUCUACUUAAUUUAUUUACUAUCCUUUAAUAAGUAUUAAAUUUACCUAAAUAAUUGACUAGAUUUGCGUAAUAUUAUUCUUAGAUUGAAUUAUUGCCGAAAGAGACAUUCUAACAUCCUUUUGUUCAUUUUGUACUCUAAUUAGAGUACAAAUUGAGCAUAGGAAGUUAUUCUGAUCUUUUGGGGGAUUACCAUCCAACAGGAAUUGAGAAUGUAUUCUUAGAAAGAAUUAUGGACACUAUCAGGUAAAGCAAAUUGUUAAAAUUAGAUUAUAAACAGCUUUAAGUGCCAAUGCAUCUUACAAAUAUUUAACUAUAGAAAAUGCUAUUAAAUUAUUUAAUGUUAAAAGUAUUCAAGAAUUAUAAUCAUUUGCUUAAAAAUAACAUUUCAAAUGGAAAUUUGACAAUCAUCAUGUUUAUUUUGACAAUGUAAGUAAUCUAAAAUAAAUUGAUAGAUUCAAAACAUAGAGAAUCCCUUAAAUUCAGAAUUUUUGAUAGCAAAUUCCUUAAGAUAUGUUCAUGAGUUUGAUAAAAUUAUAUGA